AUGCGUGUUGCCGUUCUUCGCCCGCUUCGCCUCCUCCUCCUCCACUUCGUAGUGGAUGUUCCAGCGGUCCACCUCGAAGGAGUUGGGACGCUCCAGUGUGCGGUUUUGCAGUCGCAUGUAGAGCUUCGGCACGUCAAAGAUGCUCCUCGUCGCCUUCGCAACACCACCAAAGCUCUCCACGUAGCCGACGCCAAACAGGAUAGUGUGAACCUCCGGCGGCAUGCGGUACGUCACCAAGUCGAUGAAUUCCCCGUCCCCCGUUGUUCCGAAGCCGUUGAUGGCGUCCCCAGAGUGGCGUGCGGCGUGCGGGUACGUGGAGUGCAGCUUCUUCUGCUUCGGGUGGAGGUGGUCGAUGUAGCGGUUGUCCGCGUCCAGCAUCACCAUGAAGGCAUCAAGGUCGUGCUCGCCGUACCAACCAACGCCGAAGCGCACGUCCGAGAGCGGCUGGCCAGCGCUGCAGUACAUCUCCUUCGUGAGCGGGUAGUCGCCCAGCCGCCGCACCGCGUCGCCACGUGA